CCUCUAUCGUAGGCUUCUGUUUUGUUGUGAUCUGCCAUGAUUCGAACGCGAAAACCCUCCUCAUGACGCUCCAUCACACUGCUCUCACACUAGUGCCAACAUGUGGCCUUCUGCAUUGUUUUACGCCCACGAUAGAUCUUUCUGCAUUAUUUGUAGACCGUGCAGAAAAAUGUUUUCCAAUGCUCAUAUGUGACACAUCCUCUAACCUGUGAUGCACUUGUAACCCUGUUUUUCUCCGGCAACUAAACAAAAUCAAAAUUUUACUCGAGAUUUUCUCAAUCAAAAAUUUUUCAUUGACCAACAGGAGCCUUGCUUCUACAAAGGAACCUGAAACCUAUGUAAUAUUAACUACAAACUUCAAGGCAUAUGAUCAUCAGCAUCCUUCAUCCAUGCGAAUUCAAAGAAACUAAUAGUUCUUUGUGGAGAAGAUCAAUUUAUUGCUAAGUUUUGUUGUUUUGUGCUAGUUAGUAUGUAGGUAAAACAUUGUAGAUCAUAGAGUUUGGUAGAAAGAGAAGCUUGACGUCUCUGUUGAGGGUUCAUCCCGCCACUAAUGCAAUUUUACUGGAAGCGCAUCAUUAAGUAUAAGGUCUAUAGUACUCCGAAACUAAUUCAUAUUUUAUUCUGCAUCUGCUGCAUCGUAUCUGAAAAUGUUUAUUGGGCAUAGAUACACAUAGAUUGAUACUGAAUGUGAGUAUAAUUUUCGUUGCAUUUUUUUCGGUUUUUACUUUAUCGAUUGUGCAAUCAUUAUGCGACUACUUUUGACAGCAACGAUGGUGUACAUGUACAAAAACAUUCGCGUACCUUUCCUAGGGUUCAUCAUCACUAGUAGCAUGUCUUCUGGUGUUGACGCCCUAACGCUGAAAGCAGCCGCCGGCAUCAUCCCAACAAGUCGGCGUGCUGGGCGACGCAGGAGACAAAUUCUCCAGCAAGGAUUGACCAACAUUAAGAUAAGGUUUUCACUGUGCUGAUUGUGUUGAGCAUACCGAUACCAGAUUUCAGGAAGGACAGGAAGAAGUAGGCAUGCGAAUCCGCUGGAUUUAGAAGCUUAGCAUAGUGAAAACUAAAGUACACCCACUAAAGCUAGAAACCAAAGGCCAAUAGAGCGCAGAGUCGAGGAGCACGAAUCACAAAGAACUGAUGAACAAGCAGUGGAGUACUCUCAAACAAGUCAGUCUUCCGAUGAAGCCGAGGAAGAGGAUUUAGCUCUGCUUUUAGAUUGAGGCUAAUUUUUCACUAUCCCAUGUGGACUAUGCCGAGUUGGGUCCCCUUGAUUUAAAGAGGGAAAAUAGGGGAGAAAGGAAAAGGAACCCACUCAAACCGGCAUAAUUAAAAACCGGCGCUAAUUAGAGACGGAGAGUGAAACUCCAGAGGAUCCUGCUCGAUCGCCCGAAGUGCCUGCGUCUCUGGUGGCGGAGUUUUUCUUUCCCGAGGGCGAGGACGGAGGGAAUGCAGACGUGCAUCUCGGGGGCGAUGAAGCAUCUGUUGCAAGAACUGAAUUCGAUGAAGAUAAUGCGGCACACCGCACGCCUGAAGACGAGGGUAGGGCCAGUGGUGCAGUGUGGAACACGCGCCAAGAAGUGGACAGAAAUGAUCAGCACGGGACUGUUUUCCCAUUAUCUGAGAUUCCUUCGUGCGUCGAAAAUCUCGAGUCGCCGCUUGUUAACAGCCCUAGAGAUGAACGCGAUAAAAGCGAGGGCUCCGCCGCCCCGUUGCAUGUCUCCAUUGCGUCACCAGAGGACGGAGCUAUGAGUCCUCCGCCAGGGAUUUUUUUUCUGCCACGGAUGAACCCCACUGAGGACGCAACGCGCGAACAGUGGGCUGCGCAGGAGACACUAUUGGCGAUGGAAUGUACCGAGACGGGUGGCACUGUAGAUGGUGGCAAUCAUAGCUCAGCCCUAUUGAAAACUCGCAAUCCUAGUAGUAGGAGUAGUAGUAGGAGCCCUAGAAGAAGAAGCAUGGGCGCGGCAGAUGAGCAUGCGGAGGAACACGAGGACACUGCAGAAGAACCUGAUGGCGAACCUCCGGAGGCGAAGCGUCGCAGACGGGCUGAGCUACCUAUAGCUUAUCCGACUCCAAGUCCCAGAGAAGUGGAGUCUCCGGCACAUCAAGAGCCGGAACGCGACGCGACCGACCGAACCCGUGCACUACCAGAAGAGGCACGAGCAGGAUACGUUGUGGAUAAAGAGUUUAAUGACCAGACGGAGCAAGCAGAGAGGGCGCAUCAACAAGAAGAAGAGGAUAGUGACGACCUUCUAAUUCGUCUCUUCGGGCGUCCUGGUGCCAACGAAGGGACCACGCAAGCGCAAACGGGAAGACAGACUGAUCCAGCGCAGGAUGAAGAGGAAGCAUAUGAUGAUGCACAAGUUGACGAGGAAGAGUGGAACGAAGACGACCAAGAUGGUAUAACAACUACUUGGCUGAUCUCUGGUUCUCGUCUCUAGUGUGUUGAUGAAAGAAGGCUAUUGAUUUUCGAGAUUGUUUGGAAAUGGUACGCCUUUGUGCAUCGGGAAACUGAAGUAUGUUUUCAAACCUUUUGAAUUGUACAGUUUCCUGAACAUGAUCCACAUAAAUUUUCCUCGAACGCCAGAUGAUCUCAACGACAAGCCGAUUGAGGUGUAUCAGGAUUUUCCAUUGGCACCGCAGAAGCUGAAUGACUUGCUGCAACGCAUACAGAGGCCUAGAGCUGGAUUUUUCGCUUCGCUUGGGAAAAUUCAUGACGCUAUAAUUCGGGAUUGCGACUCUCUUACAAAAAUCGAACUUUUUGAGCAUCCCAGUGAAGUUCAAUGGGGCCAGAUGCGCGAGCCGCUCAACCUUUGGGAACCCAUUGGAAACAGACGCAAAAUUUCUGCCAGACUCUCGGUACUUGUAGUUUGUAAACUCAAGAAACUGAGCAGACGAUAGGGAUAAGUUCGCGACUAAUAAAGAUUAAGAUAAACUGUCAAUAACAUGAGCAUAGACUGAUAGAUACAAACACUACCAGGUUUUCGACGCGGAAGACUUUCUCGAGCGGCUUAAAGACCAGGUGGAAAUACUAUCCGUGGAAAUAAGAUAUGUCCCAUUUGUGGAGGACUUCUACCAAAACCAACAUCCUGGGCCAGUGUAUUUGGAGGACAACCCGCAGCCAAGCGGCCAGGUAACGACUGUUUCAAAAAGUUUUGUGGUCUCUUUGUUCUCAUUCGGCUAGUGCAGAAGGAUUCUUGUUGAAAUCUCGAGGUGUUGAUUUUCAUAUCGAACUUAAUUUCCACCGUACGGCGGUCCUGAGCCUAAUAGUGUUUGUGUAAACCGAAACGAGGAAAGAAAAAGACUAGAUUGACUUCUCCUCAAACGCCCUUCAGCGUCGAACGAGUCCGUCGUUUCACAACGUAGAGGAUUGGAUACGGCACCAGUGGGCGAUAGCUGAUCACGAAAAAAGAGAGUAUAUGAGGUACACAGGAGAACUGGUAGUCCCACACUUCCGGUUCGAACAAUUACGGGAGUAUCAAGCUCGCGCGCGCGAUACCCUCACCCUCAUUUACCACCAAAAGGCGCAGCAGUCGCAGGAGUGGAGUGCAUGCAUCUUCAGCGGCCGAACGUGUCAUGGGUGAUCCUCACUUAGUGUCGGAGGUCGCAAUGCUCGGGAAAAAAUGGAGAUAGGGGCACCAGAUCGUUUGCUUGCUGUGGCGCUACUCUGCGACAUCGUCGUUCUGCGGCCUUUGACGAGCCUCUCCUAAAACCGCGAGAUAAAUAUUGCAUUCCAAAUUAGCUUUUCAAAAUCCCUCAUACAGGCGGAUUGGCGUCAUAGUCACGGAUCCAGCGACCUGCUUUUGAUGAAACGAAAACCAAAAAAUACCUUGCAAAGCAGGGCAAGAUUUCAGGUGAUUCUUCAUGAUUUUGGAGGAAUCUCUGCCGGGCUGUUCCGGCCCAUUGUUUCUCUCUUGCUCCGUCAUUUACUUAUUUUUUAUCGUCCUGGCGUGUGCUUAACAAAAUUAGUAGUUUCGUAUCCGUCGUCCAUGUUUGCAUUGAUUCGAAGAAGAAAUGUUUUCUGUAUCUGUUGUGCUGCAUUUCAAUUUUCUCUAUUUGUAAGCUGUAAUCACUAAUAGUCGCAUGUUAGUUUUUCAAUAUCAAUAUUGAUCCAUCAAAGCCUACUUCGUUAUAAUUACGCAGCAUUGCUUAAUGGUGGAACUCGCCCAUUCUUGCAUAUGCCGGGAAUUCAUCCUGAUCUUCGUGUCUGUGUGCAGCUGCAGUUGAUGAUAACAAAAAAAACGAGAUGUAAAUGCAUCAGAAUCUUUAUGUCCUUGAUCUUUCUUGUAUUCAUUCGGAU